AAUGUCAUUUUUUUUUAUUAUUUCUCAUUUUAAUAAAUAUAAGGCGUUCCAACUGCAGAGUUGGACGGGGUAACCUGACCAAAGUGAAGGCGAAAGCUGUCUAUAUAGCAGUUUCGUCUCGGGACGUGAACAGAGUGAUAGAGAGGGGUGAUGCAGCCGAGCAGAGCAGAGCAGAGCAUGGAGGCAUUCAACACCAUCUCCUCACCUACUUCACCAUAAAUUCAUUAGCCAACUUUAAGAUCGCUUUCUUGGUCGGUCCGUCUCUCUGUUGACUGUUUUUUUGCCGAUCACAUUCAAUUCUGCAGCCCACUGAGUCUUGAUCUUUUCCUCACUCUGGUUUUUGCCAAAAAGAAACGUGGAGUCGGAAGUCUUUCUUCUUCUUCUUCUUCACGGCGCAACUCAGAUCCUUGUUCAAAUGAGGAUGCUGUUUUGAUAUCCAUGUGAUGCUACAGUACGUCAGACAAAUUGUUGAAUCCAUCGCAUGCAGAAUUUAACACCCGAGCCGUGUUCCUAUCAGUUUGAAAAAAUCAGGGACAAGUAAAAUGUCAGAUACUCUCAAUCAAAAGGGUGGAGGUGCUGCACAAGAAAUUUCACCUAUUCGAAGUGAAAGACGUCCCAAACUUUCUAUUGAUGUACCCUCCAGAGAUUUUUUGAUUUCCGCCAUGAAUUAUCCAAAAUUGAAUACCUUUUCAACCCAUGGCUCUGCCCCCAAUAGAACAAACCUUGUCCCAUUAAGCAGUCCUGCGUCUGCUAAAAUGAAUGCAUCUUCAUGUUCAUCCUCAUCUAGAGGUAAACCCCCCUUUCGGAGAUUCCUUUCAGGACUAAGCUUCAAAUUCCAGAGUUCAGCUUCAGAGAUUGAGAGAUUUGAGGGUCAAGCUCCAGAGUUAUAUUUAGGAGGAAGACGGGAAAAACCAUCAUUUUUGAGCUCAUUUAAUUCUUUUUCCAAACUAUUUAGCCCAAGCGUUGGAAGAACAUCAUCCUUACCACUCGAUGAACACGGAGUUACUUCACGUGUCAAUCUAACAAUUGACAGCAGCUCCUUUGAAAGGAAAGAGGUUCAUCAUAUAUCUCGUUCAAUCUCCUUCCCUGUGAACAUGAAGCAUGCUAAGUCCAAAAGGAUCAAGAGAAUGAACUCGUUAGGAGGUGUAUUUCGAGUAAUUCCUUCAACUCCUCGAGUGGUGGGCUUGAGCAGUGUAGUCACAGACAUCAUCAGUCCCGAAGACCAUGCACCUGACGAUGAAGGGGAGAACAUAGCUGAAGAAGAGGCUGUCUGUAGAAUCUGUAUGAUUGAGUUAUCUGAAGGAAAUGACAGUCUUAAGCUAGAAUGCAGCUGCAAAGGUGAACUUGCCCUUGCACAUCAGGAAUGUGCUGUCAAGUGGUUUAGCAUUAAAGGCAACAGGAACUGUGAAGUUUGCAAACAGGAGGUUAAGAAUCUACCUGUGACUCUGCUGCGCAUACAAGCUGCACACACAGCCACAGCACUCUCAGACAAUUCACAACAAAAUUUAUUUCAUUACAGGUACUGGCACGAUUUGCCUAUCCUUGUGGUCGUCAGCAUGCUUGCCUAUUUUUGCUUCCUCGAACAACUAUUGGUAGCAAGUUUUGGUACUGCUGCUCUAGCUAUUGCUGUGCCAUUUUCAUGCAUAUUGGGACUAUUUGCAACCCUCACCUCACAAACAAUAGUGAUGAAGGAAUUCGUUUGGGUCUAUGCCGCAAUUCAGUUUGUCUUAGUGGUCUUCUUUGCUCAUCUGUUCUACACAGUUGUAACUUCAUUUACAAGCGGCUAUAUCCAUCAUUCUUGCUACUUUUGCUGGAUUUGGGGUUGCAAUGAGUGGAAAUACAAUCAUUGUGGAGUUUCUCAGGUGGAGGAACAGAUGGCAGGUUGCGUCCUCAACUAGUCGUGCUUCUCAGGAAAUGGAGAUGCCAAGUCAACAGGUGGUAUAGGAUGAUGUCUAUAGCAAAGUAUUGAAGUGGCUUGAUGUUUGUGAGUUUUAAACUAGCAACAAGAUUGAUUUUGUGUUUGUGAUAGUUCCAGCUCUAUGACCUUUGGUCGAAGAAUAGAAUUUGGAGUUUUAAAAAGAAUGUACCGGCAUGCUUCUUUAUCAAUAUAAUGUAUAUAAGUACA